ACAGAAGGAAAGGGGGAGCUCUUUGCUUUCUCUAACUCCCGAGUAUAUUUUGUAUCCCUGUUCACCGCCCCGGCUAGCUUUGUCUCUUUCACUUAGCGCGCCCAGCUUGAAGAAGCUCCCCUUCAGCGGCCAGCGCUUUUGCGCUCUGGGCGCAGCCACAGCAGGAGGCGGAGAAAGAAGACCCAGGGAGGGAGCGACUGCGUCCGGGUGGCGUUUUUAUUGUUCGCGUGCUGCUUUGGGUGGGUGGGUGCGAGUCGUUCUGCGCGCGCGCGAGGAAGCGGGGCUGUUGCCGCCUGCCUUUCUCCUAUCGCCGGCUUCGGGUUCUGCUAUGUUGGAUGUGGCUGGCUGAAAGCGAGAGGCAGGGACGCACCUUGGGAACAACUCGCUUUUCCUUCACUAUGGUAUAAAUCCGCCUCAGAGCGACUCUGGCGUCUACUGGAGAGAGAGAGGCUGAAAGGGACCAAAUAGUAAUAAUAAGAAUUAAAAGAAAAAAAGCCCAACCCUACUCUCCUCUUGACCGGGAAGCAAAGCAGAGCUCUCUUCCCUCCUCCUCCUCCUCUCCUCCUCCAUCCUUCCAAUGAAGAAGAGUUUUCCCGUGGAGUGAAGAAAGCAAGAGGAAAAGGGGGAAAAAAGAAACAGCAUUUUGGAGAGUGCUUUAUAUUUUCAAUCUGGAAUAGUAGCGCUUCCCCCUCCUCCCUUUUUUUGUUGAUAACGAAGAACACACUAAAUAAAACCGAAGGGAAAAAUGGCGAACGACUCUCCUGCAAAAAGUCUGGGGGACAUAGACCUUUCCUCCUUGCGGGAUCCUGCUGGGAUUUUUGAGCUGGUGGAAGUGGUUGGCAAUGGCACAUACGGGCAAGUUUAUAAGGGUCGACAUGUCAAGACGGGUCAACUGGCUGCCAUCAAAGUCAUGGAUGUUACUGAGGAUGAAGAAGAAGAAAUAAAACUGGAGAUAAACAUGCUGAAGAAAUACUCUCAUCACAGAAAUAUUGCAACUUACUAUGGUGCUUUCAUUAAGAAAAGUCCUCCAGGACAUGAUGACCAACUGUGGCUUGUUAUGGAGUUCUGUGGUGCAGGUUCUAUUACAGACCUUGUGAAGAACACAAAAGGAAAUACUUUGAAGGAGGACUGGAUAGCAUACAUCUCAAGAGAGAUUCUCAGGGGGUUGGCACAUCUCCAUGCUCAUCAUGUGAUUCAUCGGGAUAUUAAAGGGCAAAAUGUAUUGUUAACAGAAAAUGCAGAAGUGAAACUAGUGGAUUUUGGUGUUAGUGCUCAGCUGGACAGGACAGUUGGUAGAAGAAAUACCUUUAUUGGGACACCUUACUGGAUGGCUCCAGAAGUUAUUGCUUGUGAUGAAAAUCCUGAUGCUACAUAUGACUACAGAAGUGACCUUUGGUCAUGCGGCAUUACAGCCAUAGAGAUGGCAGAAGGAGCUCCCCCCCUCUGUGACAUGCAUCCAAUGAGAGCCCUGUUUCUUAUUCCCAGAAAUCCUCCUCCACGGCUAAAAUCUAAGAAAUGGUCAAAAAAGUUCUUUAGUUUUAUAGAGGGCUGUUUAGUGAAGAACUAUAUGCAGCGGCCUUCUACAGAGCAGCUUUUAAAACAUCCAUUUAUACGUGAUCAGCCAAAUGAAAGGCAAGUCCGAAUCCAGCUUAAAGAUCAUAUAGACCGAACCAGGAAGAAGAGAGGAGAGAAGGAUGAAACAGAAUAUGAGUAUAGUGGAAGUGAGGAGGAGGAGGAGGAAGUGCCUGAACAAGAAGGAGAGCCAAGUUCUAUUGUUAAUGUGCCUGGAGAAUCUACUCUCAGACGUGAUUUCCUGAGAUUGCAACAGGAAAACAAGGAACGCUCUGAAGCUCUUCGGAGACAACAGCUGCUACAAGAACAGCAGCUACGAGAGCAAGAGGAGUACAAGAGGCAGCUGCUGGCAGAGAGACAAAAGCGCAUUGAGCAGCAAAAAGAGCAGAGGAGGAGACUAGAAGAGCAACAAAGACGAGAACGAGAAUCUCGAAGACAGCAAGAGCGGGAGCAGAGGAGAAGAGAACAGGAGGAAAAGAAGCGAUUGGAGGAAAUGGAAAAGAGACGUAAAGAAGAAGAAGAGAGGAGGAGAGCGGAAGAAGAAAAGAGAAGAGUGGAGAGAGAACAGGAGUAUAUCAGGCGACAGCUAGAAGAGGAGCAGCGGCACUUGGAAAUUCUUCAGCAGCAGCUGCUCCAGGAGCAGGCCAUGUUACUGGAAUACAGAUGGCGAGAAAUGGAAGAGCAUCGGCAGGCAGAGAGACUCCAGCGCCAGUUGCAACAGGAGCAGGCAUAUCUUUUAUCACUUCAGCAUGACCACAGGCGGCAGCAGCAAGAAAGGAACAAACAAAAUUACCACACUCCUGAGCCUAAAUCCCAUUAUGAGCCUACUGAAAGACCACGGGAGGCUGAUGAUAGAUAUAGAAAGAAUAAUCAGGGCUCCCCUGAGGCACAGUCUAAGCAGACAAGCAAAGUGUUGGAGCCACCAGUGCCUUCAAGAUCAGAGUCCUUUUCAAAUGGAAAUUCUGAGCCUGUUCAGCCUUCACUGCAAAAGCCAAUGGAACCACAGGUACAGUGGUCCCAUCUGGCAUCUCUCAAGAACAAUGUUUCCCCUGUCUCGCGGUCCCAUUCCUUCAGUGACCCUUCUCCCAAAUUUGCACAUCACCAUCUUCGUUCUCAGGACCCAUAUCCACCUUCACGCAGUGAAGUGCUAAGUCAGAGUUCUGACUCUAAGUCUGAGGUACCUGACCCCACCCAAAAGGCUUGGGCUAGAUCAGACAGUGACGAGGUGCCUCCAAGGGUACCUGUGAGAACAACAUCCAGAUCACCCGUGCUAUCUCGCCGAGAUUCUCCACUGCAGGGCAGUGGACAGCAAAAUAAUCAAGCAGGACAAAGAAACUCCACAAGCAAUAUAGAGCCUCGCCUGCUCUGGGAAAGAGUGGAGAAGCUUGUGCCAAGACCAGGAAGUGGAAGCUCUUCAGGUUCUAGCAAUUCUGGGUCACAGCCUGGGUCACACCCUGGGUCCCAGAGUGGAUCAGGGGAGAGAUUCCGAAUGAGAUCAUCAUCAAAAUCUGAAGGUUCGCCAUCGCAACGUAAUGAAAAUGCAACCAAAAAGACUGAAGAGAAGAAAGAAGCCUUCAGACCCAGCAAACCUGUGGGAGAAGUGGAUUUAACUGCUUUGGCAAAGGAAUUGAGGGCAGUGGAGGAUGUACGACCUCCCCAUAAAGUGACAGAUUAUUCAUCAUCUAGUGAAGAGUCGGGUACCACGGAUGAAGAUGAUGAUGACAUGGAGCAAGAAGGAGUUGAUGAAUCUACCUCUGGACCCGAAGAUGCCAGAGCAGUAUCUACUCUAAAUCUUAGCAAUGGGGAAACAGAGUCAGUGAAAACCAUGAUUGUGCAUGACGAUGUGGAGAGUGAACCUGCCAUGACUCCUUCCAAGGAGGGCACUUUAAUUGUCCGACAGAGUACAGUUGACACAAAUCGUGCCAGCCAUCAUGAGAGCAAUGGCUUUGCCGGUCGCAUUCACCUCUUGCCAGAUCUCUUGCAGCAAAGCCAUUCCUCCUCCACUUCCUCCACUUCCUCCUCCCCAUCCUCCAGCCAGCCGACACCCACCAUGUCCCCACAGACACCCCAGGACAAGCUAACUACUAAUGAGACUCAGUCCGCUAGUAACACACUGCAGAAACACAAAUCUUCCUCCUCCUUUACACCUUUUAUAGACCCCAGAUUACUACAAAUAUCUCCAUCUAGUGGAACAACUGUAACUUCUGUUGUAGGAUUCUCUAGUGAAGCAAUGAGGUCAGAGGCAAUAAGACAGGAUCCAACAAGGAAAGGAUCAGUUGUUAAUGUGAACCCAACCAACACACGGCCACAGAGUGACACUCCAGAGAUUCGCAAAUAUAAGAAGCGAUUCAAUUCUGAGAUCUUAUGUGCCGCCUUAUGGGGAGUUAAUUUGUUAGUGGGAACAGAGAGUGGCCUGAUGCUGCUGGACAGAAGUGGCCAAGGGAAGGUGUAUCCAUUAAUAAAUCGAAGACGGUUCCAGCAAAUGGAUGUACUUGAAGGUCUGAAUGUCUUGGUGACAAUAUCAGGAAAGAAAAACAAAUUGAGAGUGUAUUAUUUGUCAUGGUUAAGAAACAAAAUCCUUCGCAAUGACCCUGAAGUAGAAAAGAAACAAGGCUGGACCACAGUGGGUGACUUGGAAGGUUGUGUGCACUAUAAAGUUGUAAAAUAUGAAAGAAUCAAAUUCUUGGUAAUUGCUCUGAAGAGUUCUGUGGAGGUCUAUGCCUGGGCACCAAAACCAUACCACAAAUUUAUGGCAUUUAAGUCAUUUGGAGACUUGGUACAUAAGCCAUUAUUAGUGGAUCUUACUGUAGAAGAAGGCCAGAGACUGAAGGUUAUCUAUGGCUCCUGUGCAGGGUUCCAUGCAGUGGAUGUGGACUCGGGAUCAGUGUAUGAUAUUUAUCUCCCAACACAUAUCCAGAGUAGUAUCCAGCCCCAUGCAAUCAUAAUUCUUCCAAACACUGAUGGGAUGGAGCUACUUGUUUGCUAUGAAGAUGAAGGAGUAUAUGUUAAUACAUAUGGAAGGAUCACCAAAGAUGUGGUUCUGCAGUGGGGGGAGAUGCCUACAUCAGUGGCAUAUAUUCGAUCCAAUCAAAUUAUGGGCUGGGGAGAAAAGGCUAUUGAAAUACGGUCGGUGGAAACAGGACACUUGGAUGGUGUAUUUAUGCACAAAAGGGCACAAAGACUCAAAUUUCUAUGUGAACGUAAUGACAAGGUUUUCUUUGCCUCUGUACGGUCUGGAGGAAGCAGUCAAGUGUAUUUCAUGACCUUAGGCAGGACUUCUCUUCUGAGUUGGUAGAAGCAGCAUAGUUUUGCAAGGGAUUGCUGACAUCCGGAGUCUUCGAGAGUCUUCAUAACUUGGAAUCAUUUGCAACUGGAGUACAGACCUGCCAUGAUGCAGUUCCACAUGCCUAUGCAUGUGCAGGCAUCACUGAUGUUGGGUUCUUUUUGUGUUUUAAACUGAGGCUGCAAUAUGUGGCUGGUGCUGUAAAGAUAUUGCCAUCAGGUGCUAUCAGAUUUGGGAUUCCAAAAGAGAAAGAAUCAGGUCUCUCUCCUUUUCCUCCCCGUCUCCUCCUACCCCAGGUCCAGAAUUCCCAGUGAAAGAAAGGAAGAGACUAAUCAGAAACAUGAUUUUGAAGGGAGGCAGGCAUGAGAAGGUGAUGUAGGCGGGGCCAGUUGUUGCUGAAGCAGAGGGCAAAUCUAAUAGAGUAAUAUUAACAAUGUAUUUAAUUGACAUCGCUUUUUCUUUUUGUUUAUUCUUUUUGUAAUGUGAUAACGUGGGCAAAGAGGAAGGUGCAGGUUUUAAAAGUUAAUAUUUAUAAAAUGUGAAAGACACAGUGGUUUAGGGGAGGUGGGGUGACUUUUUUUAUGUUUGGGGCUUGGCCAAGAGCUUAGUCAUUUUUCUGUGUACCAAGUUUUGCCUAAAAACCACAUGUGGAUGAUGUGUUUUUUCUAUAAAAAAAACAAAAACAAAAAAAAUUGUUCAUUUUUCUAUGACGACAAGUCAUUAGGCUGAACUUGGUAAUGUCAGUGUUAGCGCUGCCUCAGUUAAAGGUUUAAUUUUUGUUUAAACCUAAAAUGUGCAACAACUUUACUACCAGUCUGCGCAUGCAGCCUUGGGCAGGGGGUGGGGAAAGAAAUUCCAAACGUGUUUAUUUUUGUGCCUACCUCAUUGUUUUCUAAUGCAUACAAUAAAAGAGGUGGUUUAGGUAUAUAGGUUGUUUUUAGUAGAACACAUAUUAAUGUCCAGUUAAUCAUAAUACCAAAACUAACCGGUGAAAGGUUUGACUGCUUGUUUUGUAUCAGAUUUUAGCAGGAAAGACCAGCAUUCAUUUGAGAUGGUUGAAUUAGAUUUGUGGCAGUGACACAGUAUCUUCAGUAGUCUGUUUAUUAAAUUUGCUUUCAAAUUUCAGUUUUUUUUAACCAGUGUCACCCUGAAUAGAAAUGUAGCCUAAAAUCCAAAAGGUUUUACUGUAGCAUGUGGGGCUUAGUUACAGGCAAGUAACAAGAAUGACAUUAGUUCUACAACUUGUUCAAUGUUAUAGGAAACUUUUGGGGGAAAUGAUGUUUCCUUUUUCUAAGACUGCAAUGCACUAAAACUCUUUUAAGAAUGUAGUUAAUACUGCUUAUUCAUUUUUUAAAAAAGCUUUUAGUUAUGUUUAUACAUAAGUUCUGAACUUUUGACUCUCAUUUCCCCCCUCCCUUCUGCCCCACCUUAUUAAAGGGGAGGGGGGAGCAAUCAGUUUGUUUUAUGAGUGAAUUUCUGGCCUUGGUAGUAAGAGACUAACAUUUGCUUAAAGGCUACAUGUGUUAAUAACUUGAGAAAGCUCGAGUGUAUGAUUAUCUGUUGGUGAUAUAAUAAUGCACAGUGUCAGGAUUCAAUCAUUCUGAUUUGUUUCUAUCUUUUAAAAGUUUUUUACUUGCUUUGGUGGGGUACAUUCAUUGACAGCUGCCUUAAGCUCACUGUUUAGUCAGUGAACUGGAUUCCAGUGUUUCAUGGGCUGUGUCUUCUGCUGUGGCUACCUUUUUAAAAAUGGCAUGACAGGUAGGAAUUUUAGAAUGAUUCUUCGAUCAAGAUAGUUCAUGCGAGAUCACACUUUGCAUUGAACAGCACCAAUUGAGGUGGCAUGCUGUUCACCAAGCUUUUAUUUUGGCAUAAAUAAGACUGCUAUUCAUCACUUUAACCAACACUGGUUUCCUUUUGUUUUCUUUGCUAACAGUUUUUAUCCUCCCAAAAGUUCACUUGUGUAAAACACAUAGCUAAGAAUGCCUUAUCAUUGUUGGCAAAAAAAACCUUUUGAAGCCUCUUUUUUAGUUGUUUGGCUUUUGGAUAGCAUUGAUGGUCAGGGCUGAGGUUCACUUUUUGUACCUGUUACCAAACAGCCAAAAAAGCAACUCUGCUUCAUACAGCAGGGAAUGAUUGGGACUUGGAAGCCCAAGGCAGACACGUGGACCGGGGGGCGGUUUGAGUUGGCACUGUAGCAUAGUUUAUGGAGCCAGCUGACCAGUACCCUUUGGUAAAGAUCAAAAUGGCACCGUGUGGUUAAAACUAAUUUAAUUCUUGUCCUUGCCUCUCAUGCCACCUUGUUAUACAUAUUAUUAAAAGACUACUAUUCAUAAAUUUAGGGAUGUUCUAAUAUGGAGGAAUUCUCCUGGGUCAAUAUGCUGGUGAUGUUCUGUACGACAGGAAAGUGGAAUGGGGAAAAGAACCCCUCAGUGGAAAUGCUGUAUAGCUGACCCAAUCCCCACACAAGUGCGAAGGUGGCUAACUUUACAAGUCAAAUCAGUAUUAUGGAACCACUACAUAUAAAAUGUUGAAACCAUUUUUUAAAAGCAGUGCUGUUGGUAAGCCUAAAAAAUACUCCUAGUUUUAGUUUUAAGCUUUAAGUAAUUUUCUGUAUCUUAAGUCAAAGUAACUCUAACUGUAUGACUGCAGUGAUUUUAUUUUUAUCGUAUGCACAUGUUAUGUUGGAGAAAAUGUUUACAAAAAUGGGUUUGUUACACUAAUGUGCAUCACAUAUUUAUGGUUUAUUUCAAAGUGAUUUUGUGGGGUUUAGGUUUUCAUAGUAGUAGCAGUACACUUUUUUGUGAUUUUUUAUAACCCCAAACUCUGCCAACUAUAAAGAUGCUUAAACAAUAAUACAAAUGACAAAAUUACAAUAAAGUUACUAAUUGUAGAGCUGCAAAGCAGACUGGUGGCAAUGCGCAGCCUUUUUGCAGUGCUGUCUAAUUUGUCUUUUGUGUAUUAUAAAAUUACUGUUUUCCCCAAUUUUUCCUUAAAUAAAGUAAAAAUGACACCUA